AUGAUGGUCAUCUGCCUGAUAGCCUUUACUACCCUUCACACCAUGCCCAGCACACACAGACACCAGGAGGUGCUAAAGAACCAGAAAAGAGGUCAGGAGGAGUCCUGGGGAAAGGGGGUGGAGCAACGACCAAUGAUGGGAGAAGAGGUCAGUGCGGAGGUUGCCGAGGUGAAGGAAAGUCAAAGAUAUUCCCUGUAUGAAAAGAUCUUCAUCUUCCUUGUCCUGGCCUGGAUCAACGCGCUGACCAACGCUGUACUUCCUGCAGUUCAGACUUACUCCUGCAUGCCCUACGGAGGACGCAUCUACCAUUUGGCCGCCACUCUUGCCUCCAUGGCAAACCCAUUGGCCUGCGGCAUAGCCAUGUAUCUACCCAACAGGUCUCUGGUCGUUGUCGGAGUGCUGUCAUUGGUCGGUUCCAUUAUCGGCUCUUACAUCAUGGGUAUUGCAGUGCUGAGUCCUUGUCCACCUCUUCUGCACAGCGCCAUUGGAGGAGCACUCAUGGUCGUCUCCUGGGUGCUCUUUGUUGGGAUCCUCUCCUAUGUGAAAGUGGUUAUCGGAAUGAUUCUACGAGAUGAAGGACACAGCGCCCUCGUCUGGUGUGGUGCAGUGGUGCAGCUGGGCUCUAUGGUGGGGGCCCUGACUAUGUUCCCUUUGGUCAACGUGUACUCCUUCUUCUGGUCUGGGGACCCCUGCAUGGACAACUGCCCCCAAUAA